CCGACGUCGGCGUCGGCAUCGUCAACUGCGACGAUAAUUCCGAAACUUAGUACCGAUGCGUAGAGCUCGUCUCCAGGAUCAUCACGGAGUCGACGGAAUCGAAUUCCGAGCUCAAACGAGGGAGAAACGAGUUUCUUCGUUUGACGUCCAAACGACGAACCGUUUGCGCCUACACGACCGUGGGAACGAGGAGAAUUUUAUAGAGUCUAUCUCUGGAAUUUUAGAACUUAAUUCCCGACUUGGAAUCGGCUAAAUUAAGUUUCUUACAGGUUCGAAUGAUUUGAGAGAAACUCUGGCACUGCACAAUGAUCGAUGGAGGAUUGAUUUUUAAGUUUUCCCAGAUUUUGAAAUAACACUCAUUUAUGUUGUAUGAGUCGAUGAUUUGGGUAUUGCAUAGUAGAUAGUACCGUAAUGAGCAUAGUAGUGAAUGACACUCUGAUUUGGUUUACCUAAAUUAAAUGAACUAGAUCGAGUUGAUGUUUGGAAU